AUGUCCCAAAAACCCACCGCCGCGACCUCAGACACGUCCUUCAGAAAAACAUGGGACAGAGAAGAAUACGCCAAAAAGGCCAAGGAAGAAGAAGAAAAGCGCAAAGCCGAAUCGAAAGCCCGCUACGAGGCAAAGCUUCUCGGGAAGAAAUACCAUGCGCCGGUCGACUACAGUUCCCUGGAGGCAACGUCAUCGCGCAGAGAGCGACUCGAUGUAGCGUCGAUGGUGGGAAAGACGACGAUUGUUGCAGCGGGCGCGGCUGUGGGGAAGAGAGGGAAGGGUGCUGGGUUCUACUGUUCCGACUGUGAUCUUACGUUCAAGGAUAAUCUACAGUUCGUGGAGCAUCUGAACAGCAAACAACAUUUGAUUGCGACGGGGCAAAGUGGGGAGGUGGUGAAGGCGAGUCUGGAAGAUGUGAGAAUGCGUUUGAGAAUGUUGGCGCAUCAAAAGCGGGUUAAUGAGGAAGAGGAGAGGAGGGCGUGGCAGCUCGAUCUUGGUCAGAGACUGAAGGAAAGGGAGGAAAUAGAGGCCAAAGAACGGGAGGAGAAGAGGAGGAAGCGCAACGAGAAACGGCGCAAGGGUGGCCAGGAUGGGAUUAAGAAGGAAGAAGAUGGCUGGGAAGGACGACUGGGAAUCAUCGCAUGA